GGAGACGGUGAGUGGGAGGAUGAGGCGCGGGGGGUUUGGUGCUGCGAUGGGGCCUGUUUUUACACGGGUUGCAGAGGCCCUCUCUCUCCCUGUCUCUGGUCAGGUUGGCGGGUUGAUCGUAGGGCGCUGUUCUUAGGGUAAAGGGGAUAAGUCGGUCAAAAGGCCCCCGGCAGCUCCUCCCUCACAAGACGGGUCGGGGUUGAAAAGCUAAGGGUCGGUGGCUUUCCAGGUCGAGUUAUUCGCAGCGCACGACAGCCCAAGUCCUUCGCAUGAGCCCGAACAGCUCCCGCACGUCCGGAGAGGCCGGGCAUCCUUUUGCCGCUAACGGGAUGAAGGAAACAUUUUGGGUCAGAUGUCCACUCUUAUACCUCAAUUCAUGGAUCAUUAUAACACAUUAAAGGCCAGAGCUGUUAAUCAAGAACAAAACUGACGUAUUUCUCAAGUGCUCAAUAUUUGACAGAUAACAAUGGCAAGCAUUACACAGUUGUUUGGCGAGCUCUGUGAAGCACAUAUGACUGGCUUGUCAUGGAGGUGUUAUUUAGGAAAAAGAAGACUCAAUCAAGAACAGUUCAAAGAAAAAUUAAAAAGAAUAGCUUACGAUGCUCUAUUUGUAAAUCUUUUCAGAGAAGAAAUGCCACCGACAUCUCAAUCGGUGUUGCAUAAACUACCUGCGAAAAAUAAAAUCUUGAUGCUGUCCUUCAAUAUGAGGGUUGCCGGUAUGGGCACAGAGGCCGAUCAGUUAGAAGAGCUAACUGAACAACUAGAGAAGUUAAAGUGCCUACCGGAGUCUGAUCUGAACUCUGUGCUGGAACUACUGGUGGAACUUGCAGGGACUGGAUCCUAUGAAAAUCAACCACCGAAAAGAGAUUAUUUUCUGAACAAUAAAUAUGUUGGAAGAAAUGUAAAACUUCAAGGAUAUGACCAAUAUGAUGUGAGCUUGUUUGAAUCUGGUCUGCAUUCCUUACUGUCCAGCGAAGACUUGCAAUUUCAUGAUGAUGUACAGCGCACACUCCAGUUAAUGGAUGCAAAACCUGGCACUGGACUGCCUGGUAUUGGGCUCUUCUCCCAGAACUUCUUAGCUGGUGACAAACACGAGAAAGAUACACGAGUGUCCCUCUUCGGUGCACUGGUUCAUAGUCGUACUUAUGAAAUGGAAAUUAAGUUGGACUUACCUGCAGUGCCAGAUAACGUAGAUAUGACUGGUCUAAAAAUUAGGGUUCCUCAAAGCAUUGAUCAGUCAGAAGAUGAAGGAUUUCAGUCAUCAUCCAAUCUUACUCCAGAUUCCCAGUCAGAGCCCAGUUCAACUCCUGAUAUUGAUCUUUGGAAUGCAGUGCUUACAUAUGAACCGAGCAAAUAUAGAUGUUGGGAACAAAUUGGCUGCCCACCAGGGAAAAAAGAAGAACCUUAUCUCACUGAAGCAGGUCGAGAAGCUUUUGACAAGUUCUACCGACUUCGCGAAGGUGAGCUACAGCUCAUCAGUGGUACACAGUUACAACCAACACCAGUUGUGCUCAAAGAAUCUGAACUAGUCAAGGAUGUUCUGAAUGUCCUGAUUGGUGUAGCAUCCGAAACCUUUUCGCUGAAUCAGACGAUCCAUGCGUUUAUAGUGAAACAAGGAGUGUAUGUUUCAGGAACAUCUCCCGAAAGCAUGUACAGCCUCCUCUCUGAACUGGCUGAAUAUGCGACAUACUACACUAGGCUCAGCUGCUUCUCUCUCCAGCCAAUUCUUGAUUCCACGUAUAAAAAAGGACUUGUUUUUCAGGCUUUUACAAGUGGAUUGAGGAAGUAUGUGCAGUAUUACAGGGCUUGUGUGCUGUCAACACCUCCAUCACUGAGCCUAUUAACCAUUGCCUUUCUCUUCAGAAAAUUGGGCCGCCAACUAAAAUAUUUGUCUGAACUAUGUGGAAUAGGCUCAGGGGUAUUAGGAUUAAACAGAGGAAGUUCAUCUUUUCCCACAGGAGUAAAACUUCUGUCCUUCUUGUAUGAGGAAGCACUGAGUAAUUGUAGCAAUGAGCACUAUCCGGUAUUGCUUUCUUUGCUGAAAAGUAGUUGUGAACCAUACACGAGGUUUGUCUAUGAAUGGGUUUAUAGCGGCAUUUGUAGAGAUGCUUAUGGAGAAUUUCUGAUCCAGGUGAAUGAGGACUAUCUCGGAUUCAGAGAUAAACACUACUGGACCAAUGGGUAUGUUAUAGCUUGCAAAGAGGUUGAAGAGAGCGUCCCCCUUUUUCUUGCUCACAUGUCCAAUGACAUCUUUAUAUGUGGGAAAACCAUUAAUUUGUUGAGAUUGUGCUGCUCAACGCAUUACAUCUGCUGGUCUGACAUCCCUGUUCCCCGCAUCUCCGUCACCUUUUCCUUGGAGGAGUUGGAGGAGAUAGAAAGAGAGUGUGCUGUUUAUUUCAGUCGAAUGGAGAAUAUAGCCCAUUAUAGCUCCAUUACCAGGGAGGAGAAGAAACUGAGGACAGAAAUUGCCCAACAGGAGUUGUUUGUCCAAUCUCAACGGACAGCAAAGGGAGCCAUGGAGACCUUUAAGAACCAGCUGAUAGCUGAAAAAAAGGCUGUGGAAGCAAAGAAACGGGAGCGAUUUCUGGAACUGAAAAGGCAAUAUGAAAAGAACCUGGAGCGUCGAAAUGCAGUUAAAAACCAAGAGACUGAAGAAGAUUUCAUGCGAACCCAGGCACUGAAUGAACGUGAAGAAAAACGUAAAACGCAAGAACAAGAACUGGAAAAACAAGCAAGGCAACAGUUGAUUGAACAUUAUGAAAAGUUAUCUGAGGAAGCAGCAAAGAGAGAACAGAGAGCCAAGUGGAAAACGCAAAGAUAUAAAUUAGAGCCUCUGCGUGCUGAAUUUCUGCUUGAUGACAAAAGAAAAAUUGAGGACUUGCUGGAAAUGUUUCCUUUGGAAGAACAAAGAACAAUGGAUAUUGCUACUGAAUUGCAGCAUCGUGAGCUACUGAUUAAAGAUUUUAACUCUCAAGCUACAGGCAUUGAGGUUGAAGAAAAAGAAUAUCAAGCGACAGAUUCUAACAUCAGAAUAACUAGGGAAAACCAAAGUCUGUCUCCAACAGCAGGUGCACAGAACGACAUAAUGAUAUUUAAAGAGGAAGCUGAACAGUCUGAAGAUGAAAUUGAGAAAGUCAUACCUCGACUCGGAGCAUCAAUGGGUGUUGGUUCACAUCGUCUCCCAGAAGACACAAAUUCUGAACAAAAAGUAGGAUACUUACUUGAUAUAAGCAUUGAGGAUUUUCUUCCCAAAGUGCAAAAACAGACUGAGGUUUCUCCUGAAACAGUUACACAGAGCUCAGUUCUUGACGCAGCGCUAGAGGAAAUCGGUUCAGAGUUAUCACAGCCUAGCACAAAAUGCCUUGGAACUAGUCCGGGUGAAUAUGACUUUAGUUCUCUACCAGUGUCACCUCCUGACCAUACGUCACCUCCUGACCAUACGUCACUUCCAGAAGUGAAUUCAAGAAAAUCUCACGGACAUCCAUCUGAUUCACAUAUUAAGGUUGGAAUGUGUGCACCAGUUAGUCAACCUUCUGGUGAAUAUGUUUCAGAUGUAGAACAGUCUUGGCCCCAAUCAAACAUUCAUGGACAUGCAUCACAAGCCAAUCUGCAGGUUGGUAAUUACACUUCAAAUGUAGAACCACCUUGUCCUCGUUGGAACAUCCAUGGCCAUGUGUCACAAGCUAACGUUAAGGUGGGUGAAAAUGUGUGGGACGUGGAACCACAUCAACCCCGAUGGAAUGUUCAUGGACAUGUCUCAGAUUCUCACAUUCAAACUGGAGAAAAUGUUUCGAAUAUAGAGCCUCGAGAGCCUUGUUUGACUCCUUUUGGACAUGUUUCCCAGUCUAAUAUCAAAAUAGGACAAUGGAGCCCUGAGGUUGAAGCAAAUCUGAUCCCAAAGCAGAAAGCUACUCUCGGUCAUUCAUCUGAUUCCACCAUUCAAUAUUUGUUGUACAACAGAAGGUCUUUUGUUCAGAAGGUGGUACGUGAAACAGCAAAUGCUGAAAAUAUAUGUCCCAUAAAUUCUAAAGAUGUAACCAAAAAUGCUGAAGGAAGCAAACUGGUUACAGCUGAUGAUGCUACAGUUCUUCCAAACACUGAUCUUGAGGUUAAUGGAAAUCUUGAGGAUCAACCAGAAGAUUUACAAGGUACCUGUGGUAAUGAGGCUGCUGAUAAAUGCCAAGACAAAGCAGAUGAGGCACUUACCAACUUUCAAGAUGAGGAAAGUCCUUUAGAAAUACGAAGGAAACAAUUUCAGAAACAAAAUACACAUGGCCAUCAUUCAGAUUCUACAGCACAGAAUUUAAUGUAUCCAGUUGUUGAUCUGUCUUACCCAGUUGAGCUUGCUGAACAGGAAGAUGUUAAAUGGAAUAAGGAACAGGCCUAUCUUAAGGCCUUGACGGAGCAUUAUUGCAUAGAACAAUACCAGGACAGUUACGAGUUGAUGUCUGAUCCACCCAUUUCCCACCUGCUGCAGAAUAUAAAAACUGCGUCUUAUUUAUUGCCCUUGGAUCCUUCUAUUCGUAGAGCAACAGAUGAAACAGCAGUGCACACAAGUGACCUUGUCUCCCUUCCUGUACUGAUGAAACAUUCUAUUACAGCACCACUUGUAGCCCAUGUUUCCCUAGUAAACAAAGCCAUAGUAGAUUACUUCUUUGUGGAACGAAACAUUGAACUGAAUUUUGAAGCCUUGCGACAUUUCCUGUUAAUGGAAGAUGGAGAGUUUGCCCAGUCCCUCAGUGACUUGCUCUUUGAAAAGCUCGGUUCGGGGCAGACGCCUGGGGAAAUUCUGAAUCCUUUGGUUCUCAAUUCCAUUUUGAACAAAGCCUUGCAGUACAGUCUGCAUGGAGAUUCUCAACUAGCGUCAAAUCUGACGUUUGCUCUUAAAUACCUCCCAGACUUGUUCAAGCCCAAUGCACCCGAUGCCUUAAGCUGUUUGGAACUAAGAUACAAGGUUGAUUGGCCCCUCAACAUUGUUAUCACAGAGAGCUGCAUGAAUAAGUACAACAAGAUCUUUUCUUUUCUGUUGCAACUGAAGCACAUGGUCUGGACACUAAAAGAUGUUUGGUUCCAUUUAAAACGAACAGCUUUGGUUAACCAUUCCCCAAAUUCAGUUCAGUUUCGCCAACUUCAACUCUUUCGACAUGAAAUGCAGCAUUUUGUCAAAGUCAUCCAAGGUUAUAUUGCCAACCAGAUCUUGCAUGUUACAUGGUGCGAAUUUCGACACAAGCUGUCUUCAGUUGGAAAUCUAGAUGAACUUCACAGAACACAUGCAGAGUAUCUCAACAAGGGUAUUUUCAGGGGAUUACUGACUGAGAAAGCUGCCCCCGUGAUGAACAUCAUUCACAAUAUCUUCAGCCUGAUCCUAAAAUUCCGCAAUCAGUUAAUUUCACAGGCCUGGCAGUAUGAUGCUGACAGGCAAAUGGCCGUGCAUCCCAACUUUACUGUCAUGCAACAGUCACACAAAACCUUUAAGCACUACUCACACUUUCUCUUUAAAGUGGUGACUAAACUUGUCAAUCGAGGAUACCAGCCCCAUUUGGAGGACUUCCUGCUAAGAAUUAACUUCAAUAAUUAUUACCGAGAUGUUUAACUGUUGCAUUUUACCAACAGUUUUGUCUGGUGUGCUAAAUUGAGUAUGUGUUGAGAGCUAAUUUUCAAUGAAUGAUAAGCAUUUGUUGUACAUUUCAAUAUUUAUUAAUUUCAAGCGAGCAAUCUACAUCUGGCUGAUAUUUGAUGUAUAUACUGUGCUUAUGUACAUCUUGUAAAAUAAAAUUCAUAUACACCUUAA